ACCCAAAAAAUCUGUGGUUUUGACUGGAAAGGAGCUAGGGUUUACUGAAAACCAGUCUCCAUCACGUGAAAUGUUGCGUUCCAAGCUGAAAUCGAGCCUCCGCCGCUUCUCAACGGCGAUUAAUCGCCGCCACAUCGAGGACGAAGGCGACUGGGUAUACUCGUCCGAGUGGUGGGUGGCCAAUUCCUCUUCCAGCCGCACCGCCUUCCGACAAAACUCCCGCCAUGGAAACGGUGUCGUAUCUGUUAUAUCUCACCCUUGUUCCAAACCAGACAGAUUACACUGGGGAAAAACUGAAAAAUGGCUCCAACAAAGGCAUCGUGAUAUAUUUCCAGGUUCGAAAAACGGCGGAAAGUUGAGAGUUUGUGGCUAUGAGUGGAGAACGCUUCACUUCAAUGACUUCACCCGCGAAAGCACCGUUAAAGUCUUGGUUGCGCGCAGGGAAGGAGAAGGAGAUGAAGCUGCCUCCGUUUGCCUUAUGCAACAGCCGCGUUGUCUGGCAGUACCGUAUGUGAAGAGUAUGAUAUCUGUUGGAUUGGCUACCAUGGCAUCAUGCAAUUAUGAGCUCAUGAAGAAUGCUAUACUUGGGAAGCAAAAUUUGAGUGUUCUAUGUAUUGGUCAUGGUGGAGGAAGCAUACCUCUGUUUCUGGCUAGUGAAGUCAAAGGUGCUGUGGUUCACACAGUUGAGAUUGAUCCAGUUGUGGUCUCAGCUUCAACACAAGCAAUGGGUUUUCCUGCCUCCACAGUUACGUCUCCUAAUGGAAAGCGUACUCGUGAAAAGCCAGAGCCUCUGGAUGAGGUUCUGUGGAAAGGCACUCAUGAAAGGAUGUUGUUGUUCAGUUCAGAUGCAGAGAAGUUCAUUCUGGAGAGCACCAAUGUCUAUGACAUCAUCUUCAUCGAUGCCUAUGAUGGGGAGGACAAUUUCCCACGCAAGCUGUGGGAUCCCGAUUCCCCAUUUCUCCAAGCUCUGGGGAGCCGGCUCCAUCCGGAUCAUGGCACAGUUGUGGUGAACCUGCAUGCUGACGUAGAGUUGGACGUCGACGCAGGAGAUGUACCGAAGAUCUCGUUUUUGCCAAUGGGAAAGCAUGUGUCUCAAGUAGGCGAGGCAUACGUAGAUGUGUUGUUAGAGAGUGGUAGUGGUUUUGGAUACAAUGUUCCAGUGCCAUGGGUGUAUAAUACAUCUCUUGUUGUUAGUAGAGGUUUGGAGAGACCUAAGGAUAGUGUAGAGUGGAAUAUGAUUUUGAACACUCUGAUUAGCAAAGGUCUUGAGGUGGAGAAACUGCUUAACAUGCCCUUUUCCCUUUUACAGUAUGUUAAAACAGGUUUUACUCCGCUGGAUUGAUCAUUCUUCCAAACACUUAAUUCGUCACUCAAAUUCUCUUUAUCAUA